AUGGUAUCAGCAGGGUUGCAGAUGCUGGGCAUAGCCCUGGCCAUCAUCGGCUGGAUCGGGGUGAUCGUGGUUUGUGCUGUCCCUAUGUGGCAUGUCACGGCUUUCAUUGGACAGAAUAUAGUCACUGCGCAAACAACCUGGGAGGGGAUCUGGAUGAGCUGUGUGGUGCAGAGCACAGGACAGAUGCAGUGUAAGGUGUAUGACUCCAUGCUGGCCCUCAGCUCAGAUCUACAGGCGGCUCGAGCCCUGACUAUCAUCUCCAUCCUGGUGGGUGUCGUUGGCAUCCUGCUAGCGGCUGCUGGAGGGAAAUGCACCAACUGCAUCGAGGAUGAGCGUGCCAAGGCCAAAGUCGGCAUCAUUUCGGGAGCCAUCUUCAUCGUGGCUGGAGUUCUGUGUUUGAUUCCCGUCUGCUGGACGGCCAAUACAAUUAUAAAGGACUUCUACAACCCUAUGACCCUCAGCUCACAGAAGAAAGAGUUGGGAGCUUCGUUGUUUAUUGGAUGGGCUGCCUCGGCGCUGUUGAUUAUUGGUGGGUCGCUGCUUUCCAUGCUGGGUUGGCUGGGGGUCAUUAUUGUGUGCGCUUUGCCCCAGUGGAAGGUGUCUGCAUUCAUCGGGGCCAACAUCGUCACAGCACAGAUCAUCUGGGAGGGCAUGUGGAUGAACUGCGUGGUGCAGAGCACUGGACAAAUGCAGUGUAAAGUCUACGACUCCAUGCUGGCGCUCAGCUCUGAUCUUCAAGCGGGCCGGGCCAUGAUCAUCAUCUCCAUUCUGACUGGACUCUUUGGGAUCGUAAUUUCUCUGGCUGGUGGGAAAUGCACCAACUGCAUUGAGGACCAAGGGUCCAAAGCAAAGGCGUGCAUCGUUGCAGGCAUUCUCCUAAUUAUUUCUGGAGUUCUUUGUAUGAUCCCAGUGUCGUGGGCGGCACACACGACCAUACAGAACUUCUAUAACCCGAUGAUGGUGGAGGCCCAGCGCAGGGAGUUGGGCGCAGCUCUGUAUGUCGGCUGGGGAUCUGCUGGGUUGCUUUUACUGGGAGGAGGAAUACUUUGCUGGAACUGCCCACCGAAGCAAGAACGCAUCUACAACCCCAAGUUCUCCGCUGUAAGGACCAAUUCUGCUCCGAGAGAGUUUGUCUGAGAUGCAGAACCCAUACGACUGGCCUUAAAAUGGACACUCAAGUGACUGACUGAUCUAAUUCAUCACUGUAUGUCAGCAAAUCAUGUGUAGAAUUACUUGAGAUAUUUUUACAUUAAAUAUCAUAACAUUUUCAUUCUUCCUCUUCACAAAAACACAAAGAUUUACGAAUACAUAUCUUCUAAAUUGAGAUUACAUGUUGUGAUAAUAUUUAUGCCUCUACAUGUAUCAUUUAACACUUUCUGUUGAAUAAAUUAUUUUUAUGUUGGCACUUCAGUUGCUCAAACAGAGCAAAGCGCUAGAAACAUCA